CAUUUCCAAUGUUGGAGAAACUGGUACUCUCUGAUGGGAGCCUCUUUGAACAUAUUUGGAAUUCUCAGAUUCCAGCAAGCUCCUCUAGAAAACUAAGAGACUUGAUGGUAACUCGGAGCAGCAAAUUGUUAAAUUUCCCUCCUAACCUGCUACAGAGGUUUGAGGCUGUUGAAGAACUCAGUAUGUAUGAGUGUAGUUCAUUAGAAGGUGUAGUAACCUUCAACCGGGAAGGACUUAAUGCCAUAGUAAGACAGGGAUUUCUGGUCUUCAACAACCUAACAGGUCUGGCAGUUGGUCGUUGCAACAGGGUGAUAUAUUUGUUCUCUCUCUCAAUAGCAACAACAGGUCUCGCCCAACUUCGGAGACUAUAUAUUUAUUCCUGUUGUUCGAUUGAAGAAAUAGUGAGAAAUGAAGAAGAAGGAGCAAAAGAUGCUAUAGAUAAAAUUGGAAUUCUGCUCCCUCGGUUAGAGUAUCUGCGUCUCUACGAUCUACCAAACCUGAGAAGCUUCUGUGAGCCAAAUAAUAUUGCUUUUCAAUUGCCAUCCUUAAUUCACAUCUAUGUUAAGGGGUAUGACCAAAUUUGGACCACAUCAGGCACAAGAAAGCCAGUGACAAGUUUAUUUGGUCAUCAUAUUCACAAGACCCUUGAGCAAAAAAUUAAUCAUGGUUUGCAGAGCAACAAAUUAAUCAUGGAAUGGCGACGGCCAAGAGAUGAUGAAACAAAUGAGGAUGAAGUUGAAGGAGAGAGCUCAGGGCAACAAUUAUAACAAACCAAGUGUAAGUUCCUUUUUUCUCUUUCAAUGCUUUUUUUAUAUAAUUUUGUUGUUGGUGGCAUAAGUUAUGGGUAGUUUCUUAAAUAUUCAUUUGUUUAUUAUCCCCCAAAACAUAAAUAAAAUAAUUGUAACAAAGAAAUGAGAUUACAAAAGAGUUGGCAUUACAAUUGAAAAACACUUGAUCAAUUGUAUUCGAAACUCUUUUAUGUUCUAUAUUUGGAGACUUCAUUAAUUCCGUUUGUUUCGACGAAAAAUAUUUUUUUUUUUUUUUUUUUCGGGUAAAAUAUUUUUUUAUUUUUACUUUGUCAGUAUUUGACAAAGGUUUACGUCGAGGUUGAGGUCGAGUCCAUUGGGUGGGGCAUGUAAAAUAACUUGCCGAAAAUUUAUGGAUAAAUUAUUUUUGUUAAAUUUUAAUAUAUUUUUUCUUCGUAAAUAUUUUACGAUAACCAAACACCAAAAAAUAAAAAAAUAUUUUCUAAAAAAUAUUUUACGCCCAAACAAACGGAACCA